GGACAUCGGCGACAAUGGGGACAGCACUGGGGACAUCAUCGAGGACAUCGGGGACAGCAUUGGGGACAUCACUGGGGACAGCGGGGGCGCGGUGCCUGCUCGGCCUCCUCCUCAUGGGGCCGCCCGGCCUGGCCGCAGGAUCCCUGGCGGAGCCCGAGCUCUGCUACGUGCUGGACGCCGUGCUCUUCCUCUUCAGCCUCAUCCUCACCGCCCUCUACGUGCGCCUCAGGUUCGUGACUCGGAGAUUGCAGCGAGCGGCCGAGAAGAAGGAGGAAGAAGCCGUUUACGCCGGUCUCAGCUCGGAGCACCAGGAGACCUACGAGACGCUGCAGAUGAAGAGCUCCUGACGCCCCCGUGUCCCCCCCGUGUCCCCCCCGUGUCCCCCCCGUGUCCCCAAACCCCAGGACCCCCC